AAUACCAUCUUCAAAUCUCUCUUUGACCAUCGUACUCUCUUCUCUCCCCCCUCCCUUUCUCUCUCUCUCUCCUUUUCAAUUUCUCUCAUCAUCAUCAUCAUCACUCUUUGCCUUUUCGCCGCUGUUGCAGCAGACUCUGCUGCGAACGACACCAAAAACACACACACAACACAGAGAGAGACCAACACACACUCUCUUUCUCUCUCACCUCCCACACGCAUAGACCCAACAUUACAAAUCUCUCACUGCAGAAAGAUUGGUGCUUCUGUAUUGCUGUUAAUUAUCAGUGGGAGAGAUAAACAGAAUCACUUGCUUUCUUUGAUUAUAUUAUUCGCUUUUGCUGCUUCUUCUUCUGCCGCCUCUCUUCUCUUCCAUUUUGAUCUGACGGCUUCGAUCUUCUCGCUCUACCAAUCGUACGGCCAGGAGUCCUUUCUCUGCUGGCCUCUCCACACUCCUCUACGUAAGUAUUCCGUCUCUGAAAGCAAAACAGCAUCAAAACUACGCACGACUUUAAAACCCGCUUUUUUCUUCAAAUAAAUCAUUUCCGUAUCCAUAAUACCACUAUCGCCCGCCCUUAUACUCUCUCUCUCCCCGUCUCUAUCUCUUUUGUGUCUGCAUUUUCUUUUUUGGAUUGGGCUUCGUUCCAGUUUUCGAUUCUUCUCCUCAUAAUAUUCAGUGAACUGUGAGGAAGCUUUUCUGGACACCAAAUUAUGGAGUUCAGCAGUCAGAAAAGGGUUAAGAGAAAUGACUACCUUGAUAAAGAAAAUGGUGUUUUCCAUGAUCUGUCAAAUGCUGAUGAAGAAUUUGAUCCGUGGACUGCAUGGGCUUACAAGCCUCGCACUGUGACAUUGUUAAUGAUUGGCGCUUGUCUUCUAAUUUUUGAUGUAUAUGAUGCCAGAUGGGCAAGUGGUGCACUCGAUCCAGAAAGAGAUGCAUCUGGUGAUCUUGUUACCUCUGUUAAAAGGGGUGUAUGGGCAAUGAUUGCUGUUUUUCUUGCUUACUGCCUGCUUCAAGCUCCCUCCACGAUUCUUAUUAGACCGCAUCCUGCACUUUGGCGACUGGUCCAUGGCAUGGCUGUUGUUUACCUUGUGGCCCUCACAUUUUUGCUUUUCCAGAAACGUGAUGAUGCUCGACAGUUUAUGAAAUUUCUUCAUCCUGAUCUUGGUGUGGAACUUCCAGAAAGGUCUUAUGGUGCUGAUUGUCGCAUAUAUGUGCCAGAAAACCCUACGAGCAGGUUUAAGAAUCUUUAUGAUACACUUUUUGAUGAAUUUGUUCUUGCUCAUAUAAUUGGCUGGUGGGGAAAGGCUAUAUUGAUCCGUAACCAGCCUCUUCUUUGGGUGUUAUCAAUUGGCUUUGAAUUGAUGGAGCAGCUUACUUUUCGCCACAUGUUACCAAACUUCAACGAAUGCUGGUGGGACAGUAUUAUUCUCGACGUUUUGAUCUGCAACUGGUUUGGUAUAUGGGCAGGAAUGCAUACUGUUAGGUAUUUUGAUGGGAAAACGUACAAGUGGGUUGGUCUGAGCCGUCAACCUAAUAUUAUGGGAAAAGUAAAACGAACAUUAGGACAAUUUACUCCGGCACAUUGGGACAAAGAUGAGUGGCAUCCAUUGCUUGGUCCUUGGCGUUUUGUUCAAGUGAUUAGUCUUUGUAUUGUCUUUUUGACUGUAGAGCUGAACACAUUCUUUCUCAAGUUUUGUCUCUGGAUCCCACCUCGAAAUCCUGUCAUCAUUUAUCGGUUGAUUUUGUGGUGGUUAAUCGCAAUUCCAACGAUUCGCGAAUACAAUUCCUACCUUCAAGACAGGAAGCCAGUGAAAAAGGUUGGAGCUUUUUGUUGGCUUUCACUUGCCAUUUGCAUUGUUGAACUACUAAUUUGUAUCAAGUUUGGACAUGGUUUGUAUCCUAAACCAAUGCCUUCAUGGCUGGUAAUGUUCUGGUCAUCUAUUGGAGUUGUCCUUGUAUCAUGCCUGCUUGUAUGGUCGUGGCACUUGCACCGAACUCACGGCCCAAAAAAGAGGCAAUAAAUUUACGAUUAUGGCGGCAUAUGAUUCUUUGAUUCCUUCCCUUAUUUUUAUGGUGAUUAUUGUCCAUGCAUAGCAUCCAUGCAUGUUGUAAAUAUUAUCAGCUUCAUAUAAUUGUAAAUGAUCAUCAUUCUCCUAGCUAGGGUAGUGGAUCUCAGUAUAUUGGCAGUGAUAUCUGCGAGUCCAGGGAAAAUAGUAGUUAUUACAGCUGGUAGAGGAAGAAAGGUCAGGUCUUUUCAAUUGGGAUGCCUUAGAAUGAAUCAUUUUGAAACAUUCACUUGUAAUUUUUGUUAGUUUUUAUUGAAAUUACAGAGCUUCAGUUUGUUCAUGCCAUGAAGUUCAACAAAUGGUUGAAA